AUGGAAAGUGAAUUUAUCAUCUCCAAAAAAGAGUCUAAAAUAUUCCCUGAUAUCAUUGAUAAUUGCUAUGACAUUCCUGCUGAUAUAAAGAAAGCUGAAUUGCAUGGAGUAUACUAACAUAAUUAAUAUUAGUUAGCAUAUAGAGUUUAUAAGGAACCUCAAUUAAAUUCUAUAAAAUGCAAUUGUUGUGGGUUUUAUAAAGAUCAAAUUAAGUACAAAUUGUGUGAUAAUUUAAAUGAAGACUGUUCUGCAGAAUCGGAUUAUUUUUAAACAAUUAAGUGGAUGCUUCUAUAACUUAAUAUUCUUUGGUAAAUAAGUGUUGUUAAUUAUUUAGCAUUGCUUUUGUUCCUUUGGGAUUAUUUUUUAACAGUUAAGGGGAUGAAUGUGAAAAACAUCCAAAUUGUGAUAAAAAUUCACUCAAAAUAUAUUCUAUAUGGAAUCUGACUUCCAAUUAUUUUAGUCUUUCGGAUAUAUACUAUUCAGUUUCCAUUCUUGUGACGUUCGUCAUUUAUUUAAUCUUCAAUAAGUAUGGAACUGGAUCUUUUAAGGCAUAAAUAGCCAAAAUAGCAAAACUAAAAAAAAUUUUAUUUAUAUGGUUUCAUGGGGUUUAUAUUCCAGAAAAAAUCACAAAUAAAGAAAUUCUAUCUUUUCUGGAUCAAAAUUCUGGCAUAUGUAAACCUAUUUAUUGCGUAAAUUUAAAAAAGUACGAAGAUGUAUUAUUUGAAAAAUUAAAAUUCAAUUAUUUGAGAGAGACACAAUAAUAACGGUAUUUAUAUUUAUUUAUUCAAAAAGAAAAAAAAUAAUAUUAAGGGAAGUAUUUGUUGGGAAUGAAGAUAUUACAUAAACUUUUAAAUAAUAAUUCAUAUAUUUUUAAUUUUAUUAAUUAGAUGAUAUAUUCAUAAGCAACACAAUAAAAAAAAUAUUUAUUCGACUUUGUAAGAAUUAAAAUCAAAAAUGUUAUUCUAAAUGUUAAAUAGGAAGCCCAUCUUUUCAAUUUUUUAUCUGGCUACUUAUAGCAGGUAUCAGCAGUUAAUUGUUGAUGAUAGCCUAAUUUAUUAUAUUAAAAAUAAGAUAUAAUUUAAUUAAUAAUAAUGUUUAUGGGGAAGAAGAUUAAAUAAUUCAAUAAUUUUUAAAUGUUUGCUUUACAUUACUUUCAAUGAUAACUUUUAAGAUAUUUGAUCUAAUAGGAAUUAAAAUUUUAAAUAAAGUAACAUUAUUAAUGUAUCAUUUUGUAAAUAAUUUAUAAUAUUUAGUGUAUUAUAUUGUGUAUGUAGUAAUUGCAGAGUUCAGAUUUUGAGACUUGGAAUAUGUAUUAUACAAUUUUUGGGUUAUCAAGUUAAAAAAUGUUAUAAAAUGGAGGUAUUAUUGAUUAUUUGAUAACGCUGAGUUGUUUGAAUAUUAUUAUUCCUACGAUAACCUCAAUUUUAGAUUUUAAUUAUUUUUGGAAAAAAAUAAAAUUUUUAAGAUUAAAAAUGAAAAAAGCUAAUAAUAAAACCUAAAUAGAAGCAAAUUAAUUAUCUUAAUUAAGAGAAUUUAAUUUUUAUUAAAAACAAAUAGCUAUCAGUAAGAUUUUUGCCAUCGGCAUGAUCUUUGGAUUUUAAUACCCAUUAAUUAUUCCAUUUACAAUGCUUUCAUUGUUAAUUCUAUUUUGGGUUGAUAAAUAUCUAUUUACAAAUUAUGCUAUCCCUGCUAAGAAGGAUAAAUAUGAGGAAUUGUUAUAAGGCAGUUAUUUCUAGCAUAGUAUUAGUAUGAUAAAUUACUUUUUUUUUAUAAGUUUUAGCUUCUUUAAGUGGUGGAUUUAUAUUAUUGCUCUUGUUUUAAUGUAUAUCGCUGAUUAAAUAGGACCUUUUAAUGAUUAACAAGUAUCUUUUAUUAUAAUUGCUUAAUAGUAAAGCUGUUAAUUUAUUGAAACUAGAGAUAUAUUGGAUGACAUUGUUGAGUAAUAGUAUCAAAUUAGUAAUGAUGAUAAAUUUUAAAUAUUUUUAAAUUUAUAAAAAAGAUUGAAGAAAUAUGUUAAAGUAAUCAUUUAUUAAUGAAAUCUAGAAGCAAAAGAAAACAAAUGUUUAUAUUGAGAUAUUAGAAUGA